AGGGAGAAUCACGCUUAUUCCGGUCAACACGUUACUGUUAUUACAUAGACAAUGGCAAGUAACUGGUCAAUUUGUGGUAUUUGUGAUUUUCGACAUGUCACCAAACCAUCUGUGGUAUGGUGCGCAGAAUGCGAUGAAGGGCUUUGUGAUAACUGCAAAGAACACCACAGCAUUUCCAAAUCAUCACGUGAUCAUGACACCGUACCUAUCGAUGAAUACCAAAACUUACCAACAGAGGUUCUCCAAGUUGCACAGUCUUGCAGAAAACAUAACCAAAAGUACCAAAUAUUCUGUAAAAAACAUGACUGUCCAUGCUGUAAGAAAUGUGUUGUCGAGGACCACAAUGACUGUAAAGAUAUUGAUGAUAUAGACGACGCCAUAAAAAACGUGAAAUCAUCAAAUGCUUUCAAUGAAAUUGAGCUAACCCUUUCUAAAAUGGUCAAGUAUAUUGAAAGAGUAAAGAAAGAUCGUGAAGAACAUUUACUUUCCAUAAAAGAACAGAAAGAACAAAUUGAGACCAAAAUAUUACAGGCAAGGCAGGCAAUGAACAAUCAUCUUGAUUUACUUCAACAGUCGAUAACUGAUACGCUGAGUUUAACCAUUGAAAAGGAAAAUAAAAAUGUUCUUCAUUUCCUGGAAUUAAUUGAAAAAACUGAUAAAGAAAUCAAAGACUUUCAAUCCAACCAUUUGAAAAUAAAAGAACAUGCUUCUGAACUGCAGACGUUUCUUAUUUUAAAACAAAUGGAACACGACAUAGUUACAACGAAAGAAUAUUUACAAUCUAUUAACAAAAGCGGAAGUCUGAACCAUCAUCAUUUUUCUUUAAAGAUCGACACAACUUUAGAGAAAUUAAAGAUCAAUGUUAAAGUAUUUGGAAAAAUUGUUAAUGACACGAGACCAAGUGAUAUUCCCUUUGUAAGGCAUGACGAUAAACAAGCCCAGCUGAUAAUUCCUGUAACAGCCAAGUCUAUAGAUGACUUAACACUUACGUUGGUCCAGUCCAUCAAUACGUAUAGUGAAGAUGUUAGAGGUUGCACUAUGCUUCCUGAUGGUAGAAUGGUGUUUACCUGUUACAGUUACCCUGAAGGUUAUCUUACUGUAAUCAAACCUGACGGUAGGAAAGAUUUCAAAAUUAACACAGAAGCUGCUUUUGAUGUUGUAUAUCUCAAAGAGGAUAUUAUAGCUGUAACCUCUGGUAGGUUCUCAGAUAAUAUUAAAUUGAUAGAUACAAAAUUUAAGAGGGUCAAGAAAACAAUAUAUGUUGGCUCCAGUAAUGAUGGCAUGGCACUAAAAGAUAAAGAUUUGAUAUAUUGUGGAAGAGAAAAAGGGUUGAAGAAAAUCAGUUUGGAUGAUGAUUCCGUUAGUACAAUAACGAAUUCAAAACUAAGUGAAUUGUCGCACAUAGCAGCAUUCAGUGACAAUUUUAUAUAUACAGACUGUAAAAAGAACACAGUUACAUGCACUACUCAGCAAGGACAAGUAAAAUGGAUAUUUGAGAAUGAAAGUAUACUGAAGUGUCCAUUUUCUAUAUCUGUAGACAAUGAAGGUAAUGUGUAUGUUGUAGGGCGUGAUUCUUGCAAUGUGGUAGUUAUCUCCCCUGAUGGACAACGACAUAGACAAAUAUUACAUGGUUUUUCAAUUGUACAUCUCCAAAAGCCGUCUGCAUUGCAUUAUGACCUAGUAACAAACAAGUUGUUAAUAGCGAAUUCGCAAAAUAAGGCAUUCUUGUUUAAUGUGACAUCAUAAACAAAAUACAAAAUUGAGAUUUUGGAGUCCUUUUUUUUCUUUUAUUUUGAAUCAAAUUUAUGAAACCCUUUCUGGAUAUUUUAUAAUUUUUAUCAUGAUAAUCAGCUAUUAAAGACUUUCUAAAUAUAUGCUCGGAAAGAGGGGCGAAAGAUACCGGAUUGGCAGUCAAACUCAUAAAUUGAAAAUAAUCAGACAAAUUAUAGUACACAUGACACAACAUAGAACUACAUACUUAGUAACGCGAACCCCACCGAAAACUGGGGAUGAUCUCAGAUGCUCCGGUAGGAUAAGCAGAGCCGGGGAAAUUCACAAUUGAGAAGCUAAAAUCGUAGAAAAGUUUUGUUUACAACCGACCCUCAUUUUCAAUUUCUAGAGUUAAGUCAAGCUAUGAGCCGACUUAACUGUAUUUAUUGUAUCCUUCAUCUCUAGCUCAAUGGGAUAGAUGGGUUCAACAUAGUCUCCGAAUUUUGAAUUAUUUUGGGAGUGAAAAUCAUCUUUAUAGCGGAAUCUUUAUUUAGUUUCCAAUCGAAUGCCGACAGUCUGUUGAAAAGCACGCCCUUUCAAACGUAACAA